GUCCUGAAGGAGAAAAGGAAGCUCUUUAUCCAGUCAGUGAACAAGGGCUCAAUAAAAGUCUUGCUGGAUGAAUUAUUAGAAAAAAAAGUGCUGAACCAGGAGGAGAUGGAGUCAAUAAUAGAUGAAAAUCCUACAGUCAUGGAUAAAGCCCGAGCUUUGAUUGACUCUGUCAUUCGUAAAGGGCCCCGGGCAUGUGAAAUAUGCGUCAACCAUAUUUGUGAAGAAGACUCUAUCAUUGCUGAGAAGCUGGGGCUGUCCCCAGCUUCUUCGGCAAUGAAGGACUGUACAACUCAGCUCACAUUCUCAGGGCCAAAAGGAAGCCUUAAGCUUUGCUUGCCAGAAACAGCACAAAGGAUAUUGAAAGAGAAGCCAGACGAGAUUUACCCAAUAAAAGAAAGGUUGACCCGCACACGUCUGGCCCUCAUUAUCUGCAACAUGGAUUUUGAGAUUCUUCCCAGGAGGACUGGUGCUGAUGUUGAUCUCAGAGGGAUGAAGAUGUUGCUAGAAGAAUUGGGGUACAAAGUGGAUGUGAGAGAAAAUCUCACUGCUACGGACAUGACUUCAGUACUGAUGGAAUUUGCUGCCCGUAAGGAGCAUGAAAACUCUGACAGUGCUUUCCUGGUGUUCAUGUCUCAUGGCAUUCGGGAUGGUAUUUGUGGGACAAAGUACUCAGAGAACAUGGCAGAUAUAUUAGAUGUCAAUACCAUCUUUCAAUUACUGAACACCCGGAACUGUCCAAAAUUGAAAGAUAAACCCAAGGUGAUCAUUAUCCAGGCCUGCCGUGGUGAGAACCAAGGAGUGGUGUGGUUUAAAGACUCAGUAAAAAUUUCUGCAGAUGCAGACCAUGACUCAAUGGCUCCAAAAACGUUUGAGGAUGAUGCCAUUAAGAAAGCCCACAUAGAGAAGGAUUUCAUAGCUUUCUGUUCUUCAACACCAGAUAAUGUUUCUUGGAGACAUCCAACAUUGGGCUCUAUUUUUAUUAUAAAACUUAUCGAAUAUUUGCAAGAAUAUUCCUGUUCCUGUCACCUGGAGGAAAUAUUCCGAAAGAUCCAACGUUCAUUUGAGAUGCCAGAAAGUAAGACACAGAUGCCCACUACUGAAAGGGUGACUUUGACUAGGUAUUUCUACCUCUUCCCAGGAUAUUAA